GAUCGUCUUUCGAUUGACUGGAUUCUCUGAUGCCGGAAUCGCGAGAAGACUUGCCUGUCACGCCACACGCUGGCCAGAAGCGCUUUCUCAGUAGUGCUCGUUAUCGUAGAACUGCGGGGGAAACGAAGAGCCUUGGGUCGAUGAGGCGACGAGGGCCAACUGCCAUUUACCCAUCACGGCAAGUCGUGUAGAGAAUAGAUUGCGUGCUCUUAUUUCGGCCACUCUCUGACCUAUGUAGGGCUGAAGAUGCCAUGGGUGCCGCGUGGUCGCGUGUCCCGGGAUUCAGCAUGCGAGUCAUUUCGCAGUGAAUGGCGCCAGCCCUCGCGGGGUCGUCGUCCUCGGCCGGGAAUCCACGACGGGGACAUUUCAUGGCCUUGACCUCCUCGCCAGCGUGCGUGUCAGCACUCACUUUGGACUGCCCUAGCCACUGGGUCCUCAACUCGGCUCCUUGGGUGCGGGACACCUCCGUUCCACAGCAACCGCCCUCGGUAGGCCUGAGUAGCGCGAGGAUGCUGUGCUCGAGCGUGUUCGCAACCGUGGAGCGCAGCAGCCCACCCAGCACACGGUCAACCCCCGGCGAUUUGUCGCAGGCGGAUCGGACCCGACAGCGAAGGGCGCACCGGCCUACAGCUGAUGUCUCGACGUUAUCGCGUGUUGGUAGGAUGCUCGUACGAGUGCGGAACACAUCGCGGAAUAGACGGCCCAGAAUAGAACCCUACAAAAGUUUUUUUUUUCUCUUCGACUCUUUCAGGUCACCUGGGCCGCGGGUGGGUGCGUUGGUGGAUAAGAGAAUAGAAGGAUGCCGUCGCGCUCAUCGUCGGAUUGUUUCGAAACAGAGGAGUUCAAGCGGCGUGGAGAAGGAUGGAAUUCGUAGGGGGUGGGAUGGCUAAAUAUAAAUUAGUAGGCGCCCACGUACAUGGAUAUAUUCGGUGGGUACACCAGCAUUGCCCUGCCCUAGACUAUCCACACGCAGGUAUUAAUACCGGUAAAUUGCCCUGUGAAUGG